AUGACUAAUAAAGACAUUGUAUCAUGGAACAUUAUGAUUAAUGCGUAUAUACAGAUUGGCGAUAUGGAGACUGCCCUUGGUAUGUUCCGAAGGUUGCCUGUUAAGGAUGCUUCAAGUUGGAAUACAAUCAUUAGAGGGCAUCUACAAAAUGACAACUAUGGUAUUGCAAUGGAGCUUCUGUAUGAAAUGGUCAAAAGUGGAACUGCUCUUAGCAAAGAAACUUUCUCCAUAGCCUUUGGUUUAGUAGCUUCGUUAACAGCAUUGGAUUUAGGAAUGCAAAUUCAUGGCCGGCUGCUACGGAGUGGAAUUCAUCAUGAUGGCUUUUUGAGAAACUCACUUGUUGAUUUUUAUUCCAAGUGUGGGGAAAUGGAGAAGGCUUCAUUUGUUUAUCAAGGAUUUCCUAAAUGUAAUGCAAGUGACCGGUGCUCCAAAAAUAAUAACAAGUCACUGCCUCAUUCUUUUUCACAAAGUUCAAUGGUUACUGGUUAUGUUCAAAACGGAAAGUUGCAAGAAGCUUUAAAGAUGUUCACUACAAUGGUCACUGAUAGGUUUGAGGUGGACAAGUUUACACUUACAAGCAUUGUUACCGGUUGUGCUAAUGCUGGUCUUUUGGAGCUUGGCCAGCUGAUUCAUGCUCAGAUCGUGAAAGCCGGUCAACCUUUUGAUAUUUUCUUAAGUUCCUCGAUGAUUGACAUGUAUGCUAAAUGUGGAGAACUAGAUGAUGCUUGGUCAAUAUUUAGAGAAACAAAAGUUCGGAAUACUGUGGUGUGGACUUCAGUUAUAUCUGGUUAUGGCUUACAUGGGCGUGGGAGGGAUGCUAUUCAGAUGUUCAAUUGGAUGUUAGCAGAGGGUAUAAAACCAAAUGAAAUUAGUUUCGUUGGACUCUUAACUGCGUGUAGUCAUGCAGGUUUGUUAAAUGAAGGCAUCCACUAUUUUAUGGUGAUGAAAGAAGAAUUUGGCAUCAAACCUCAAGUUGAACAUUUCACUUGUAUGGUAGAUUUGUUUGGGCGUUCUGGCCGUUUAGACGACAUAAAGGAUUUCAUUUCAAAGAAUAAGAUCUCAAAUGUCGCUUCAGUUUGGAGAUCAUUCUUGUCCUCCUGCCGAAUUCACAGAAAUAUAGAGAUGGCAAAGUGGGUUUCUGACAAACUCUUUGAACUUGAGCCACCAACAGCUGGAUCUUAUAUUUUGUUAUCAAACACGUGUGCUUCUGGUGACAAAUGGGAUGAUGUUGCUCAAGUAAGAGGUUUGAUGAAAGAUAUGGGACUUAUGAAGCACCCUGGUCAAUCUUGGAUCCAGUUGAAAAAUCAAGUCCACAGUUUUGUCAUGGGGGAUAGGUCACAUCCAGAAGAAGCUGCAAUUUAUUCUUACUUGAACGAGCUAAUUCAAAGACUAAAGGAAAUUGGUUAUUCAACUGAAGCGAAUAUUGUGAUGCAAGAUGUUGAAGAAGAACAAAAAGAAUGA